GAAGAUUUGACAGACACAGGGCUCACAUGAAAAGGGAAGGGGACUACCUCUCCCUCAAAAUCGAGUAGGGAAGGGGAGUACCUCUCCCAUGGGCGAGCAGACUUUAAUAUCCUGCGGGGCGAGGCCACGAACCUGCCGUACGUGAUCUUCGGUCCGCCCGGAACCGGCCAGACCGUCACCCUGGUGGAGGCGGUGCUGCAGAUGGUACAAAAUCGCAUCUUGGUGGCCGCACCCUCGAACAUUGUCGCGGAUCUCAUUACCAAGCUAAUCAUUGCCAGCAAAGCGCUGACCACUGGCGAAUUCAUUCGAAUCGUUCGGCAAAGUCUGAUUAAGGAAGAACUCAUUCCACCCGAGCUUAUGACCCACUGUGCCACCUUGGACAUAUGCGCCAAAGAAACCGCUGAAGACACCAUGCUAAUCACCAAGUCGUGUCUGAAGCUGCGUUGCCAGAGAGAGAUUUUGGGUGCCCAUCGCUUGAUCAUCGGCACCUGUGCCACCCUGGGAAACCCUAUGCCGAUGUCAUUUCCGGGCGGACACUUCACCCACCUGUUCAUGGAUGAGACUGGCCAGUCGACCGAGCCGAAGACGCUGAUGCCGGCAGCUCUGCUUUCCAAGGAUCGAGGUCGGGUCAUCCUGGCCGGUGAUCCGCAUCAGUUGCAGCCUGUAGUUCACAGCAGCUAUGGACGUGCCUGUGGUUUCGGCACCUCCAUGCUGGAGCGCCUGCUGAACACUCGAACUAUCGGACCCUGCCCUCGAUCAUGGCCACAUGUAGUAAGCUGUUCUAUGGCGAUGAAUUGAUACCAACGGUAUCCGAGAAGGAUUCCCGAGAGGCCACCUUGUUGGCCACAGUGCAGUCCCUACUAGGUACUAGCAAGCCGCGCAACCACGGUGUCUGUUUCUUUGAGAUGAAGGGGCAGGAUAUGCAGGACCCAGACUAUGCCUCGUGGUACUAUGAUCUCGAAGCCACGGAGGUGUAUCUCAUGGUCUUAUCGCUGUAUUGUCGCGGAGUGACUUCCGACCAAAUUGGUCUUCUGACGCCCUAUGCGAAGCAGGCGAAGACGUUAAGGGGCCUUUUCAUGAACACAGAUAUUGUCAUGCCAAAGGUUGACUCGAUUGAAAAGUUCCAAGGACAGGAGCGCGACAUAGUGCUGAUUUCCACUGUGCGCUCCACUGGAGACUAUAUAAGCCAUAAGCGCAUGAAUUUGGCCAUAGCGCUCGCCCGCUCAUAUACGGUAGUCCCGUCUCCAUCUUCUCAGCGUGGACGACAAUUGGCGUCAUCUCAUCAACCAUAGCUUUAUUUCCAAAUGGAAUACAAAUACAUAAAUAUUAGAACGAAGAA